AUGUGUUCACUGAGGAAUGCUGAAGGGCUCAUUAAAGAGCUGGAGAAGGAAAUCACUGAGCUAAAGAGAAGAAGCACUGACCUUGAGCACCUCUCACACACUGAGGACCACCUAAACCUCCUCCAGAGCUUCCCAUCCCUGUGCAACCCUCCACUCACCAAGGACAGUGAUCUGUGUGUGGGGACUGUGAGGAGAGCUGUGUCUCAGCUAGAAGAGACAGUCAUAAGUGAGAUGAAGAGGUUGUGUGAUGCUGAGCUGAAGAGGAUUCAGCAGUAUGCAGUGGAUGUUACCUUGGACCCUGAUACAGCAAGCCCCUGGCUCAUACUGUCUAAGAAUGGGAAAGAAGUGAGAACUGGAGACAAAAAACAGGAUCUCCCUGAUAACCCAAAGAGGUUUGAUUCUGCCGUUAAUUUCUUGGGAAAGAAAGGCUUCACCUCAGGGAGAUUCUACUAUGAGGUGACUGUUACAGGGAAGACUGAGUGGAAUUUAGGAGUUGCCAGAGAGUCCGUCAACAGAAAGGGGACUGUCACAUUGAGCCCUGAUAAUGGACGCUGGGCAGUGAUCCUGAGGGAUGGGAGUACGUACAUAGCUUGUGCCCCGACCCGUGUCCACCUCUACCUGAGAGAGAAGCCCCAGAAGGUGGGGGUGUUUGUGGAUUAUGAGGAGGGGCAGGUCUCCUUUUAUGAUGUGGAGGCCAGGUCUCAUAUCUACUCUUUCACUGGCUACACCUUCAUUGAGAAACUCUAUCCAUACUUCAGCCCUUUGCUCAAUGAUGGUGGUAAAAACUCUACUCCUCUAAUCAUCUCUCCUUCAAUCACACAGACAGAGUUUGAACCUGAAAUUAACUGA